GCGCAGCACCGGGUCCCCGCCCCCCUGAAGGGGGACGCAUCCAGCCAAUCAGAGACGCCUGAGCACCUAAACCUCCUUCUCAAUCACAGCCAAGCUCAAAAAGCGAGAAAAGCCGACUAAACCCGUUUGUGCGCCCGGACUCCCAAUACCCAGGAGACAGAUCUGUCCCAACUAGAAAGUCCAGUUCCACCGACACGGCCGACAUGACACAGGACUACGACAAUAAGCGGCCUGUGUUGGUGCUUCAGAAUGACCCCCUGUAUCAGCAGAGGCGAUCGUACACCAGCGAGGACGAGGCUUGGAAGACCUUUUUGGAAAACCCCCUGACAGCAGCCACUAAGGCCAUGAUGAGUAUCAAUGGAGAUGAGGACAGUGCAGCAGCGCUUGGCCUCCUCUAUGACUACUACAAGGUUCCUAGAGAAAGAAGAAUGUCAGCCAACAAACAAGACCAUGAUCAUUCAGAGUCAGAACACAAUAAAAGGAAUAGCCUGGCACAAGUGAAUGAACAGUCCUUAAUUUGUACUGGAGACAACAGAGUCCAGGUUCUAAAGACUAAUGUGCCUUUUAAUAUUGUCCUCCCGAUUGGCAACCAUCUAGACAAAAGAGGACAUCUGAGCUCUCCAGACACCACCGCUACAGUCUCCAUUACGUCAAUGCCAACUCAUGCCAUCAAGUCCGAAUCCCAAAGCCAUGGAUUCACUGUGGGCAUCCCACCAAAUGUCUACCACGCUGAGACCGUGGAACGCAUUGUGUCCUUUGAUCGCAAUGUUACCCCUGACCACUACAGCUCCAGCAGCCAACCACCCAGCUCUCAGAGGCGAACCCCCGACACUACCUUCUCAGAGACUUUCAAAGAAGAGGUUUUCUUUCCACCGGACCUCAACCUACGGAUGAGUAGCGUCAGUUCUGAUGAAUACGCUUUCGAUCCUGUCGCUGGGAAUAACUUUGAAUAUACACUUGAAGCCUCAAAGUCUUUGCGACCAAAGCCUGGAGACAGCACAAUGACUUACCUGAAUAAGGGACAAUUCUACCCAAUCACACUGAAGGAGACUGGCAGCAAUAAAGGGAUACACCAUCCAAUCAGCAAAGUCCGGAGUGUGAUCAUGGUUGUGUUUGCUGACGACAAAAGUAGAGAGGACCAGCUUCGUCACUGGAAAUACUGGCAUUCUAGGCAGCACACUGCCAAGCAGAGAUGUAUCGAUAUCGCCGACUACAAAGAGAGCUUCAACACCAUCAGCAACAUUGAAGAGAUCGCCUAUAACGCCAUUUCCUUCACCUGGGACCUCAAUGAUGAAGGCAAGGUGUUCAUAUCUGUGAACUGUUUGAGCACAGACUUCUCUUCUCAGAAAGGGGUGAAGGGGCUUCCACUCAACAUCCAGAUCGACACCUACAGCUACAACAACAGAAGUAACAAGCCCGUCCACCGGGCCUACUGCCAGAUCAAAGUUUUCUGUGAUAAGGGUGCAGAGCGUAAAAUCCGAGAUGAAGAGCGUAAGCAGAGCAAGAGAAAAGGCAAGUGUACUGAGCCCAGCUCCCAGAUGAAUGCUUUUACAGAUGUGAAAGGUGCACUGCUUCCCUCUCAUAAGAGGACAGACCUCACGGUGUUCAAACCCAUGCAGGACAUGGACACACAGCCAGUCCUGUUCAUCCCUGACGUACACUUUGCCAAUCUCCAGCGCACCACUCACGUGCUCCCCCUUUCAUCAGAGGAGAUGGAUGGAGAAAGCUCUGUUAUGAAGAGAGUGCCUUUCACUCCGGAGGAAGACUUUACAACGCCUCCCGCUAAGAUCCUGAGAAUAGAUGAGCCAAAGAGAGUGCUGCUGUAUGUGCGGAGAGAGACGGAAGAAGUUUUUGAUGCUCUUAUGCUGAAAUCUCCAUCACUGAAAGGACUGAUGGAAGCUAUCUCAGAAAAAUAUGAAGUUCCGUUUGAGAAAAUUGGAAAGAUCUUUAAGAAAUGUAAAAAAGGGAUCCUGGUAAACAUGGAUGACAACAUCAUUCGGCACUAUUCAAAUGAAGACACCUUCCAGCUUCAGAUUGAAGAGACCGGGGGAAGCUACAAGCUGACUCUGACAGAAAUCUAACCUACUCCCUCCAUUGCACAUAGACUGUUCCAUAAAGGCCAGUGUUCACCACUUGCCUUGCAAGGAGACGGGUCAGCUUCCAAGGAGGAAAGUCACCGGCUGCUGUUACAAUCCCUCAGAAUAUCUGAGCGAGCUGUUACCUACAAUCUAUACGGGUGGUACAACACUGCAGGGAACCCACUCUGCUCAGCAUGUCCUGAAGUGCAUUGCAGGUUCCUUUCAACACUCCGAAAGCACAACAGCUCAGGUUCCUUUAUCAAGCUGAAGAAAUA